AUGGACACUUCGUCGUUAAUGCUGGCGCUCCAGCUCCAGCAACAAGACUUGAAUAACUGGGAGCAGUCCAGAAAAGGAAAACAGCGCGAGGGUGAGGUCUCGGACUCGGAUUUGGCUCUCGAAGCCUGCCGCCAUGAGCUUCAGGCGAUGGCAGCCCAGAUUUCUGACCAAGCGAUGGCACUUAGCAUUGCAAGAGCUGUUGAAUCGGAUGGUCAGAUCAUUAGAGAAGCCCAGUUGGCAGAGCAGCAGGCUGCGAGGGACCAUGAAUAUGCCGUCAGCCUUUCAAACAAUCCAAAUGCAAACCCCAGAUCAUUAGCUCGAAGUGUAAAGAACACCCACAAGUUGGAGAACGAAGUGGAAGAUGAUUUGAUCGAUAUCUUGAGAUCAAUGAAUCUGGGAGGACUUAACGAUGCCACGUCGGGCCAACCUGAGUCAUCAGGUUGGGCAGCAUCUCGUAAGGCACCUCAAAUGAAGGAAUGUAUCGCCUGCAACGACCGGUUCUCGCCUCUUGCGCUCUCUCGAUCACCCUGCUCCCACGAAUAUUGUCGAGAAUGUAUCGUUGGCCUGGUUCGAUCUUCACUUCAAGACGAGACUCUAUUCCCUCCACGAUGCUGCGGGCAGAACAUUCCUGUCACCCCAGGUCGAUGGUUCUCGCCAGAACUAGUCGGUCAGUUCCAGGCAAAGAAGUUGGAAUUUGACACGCCGAAUCGCACUUAUUGCAGCAAGCCGUCUUGCUCGACAUUUGUGCCGCCGCAAUUUAUCGCAGGCGAGACGGCGACGUGCCCCAGAUGCCGUCGGCGUACUUGCGUGCACUGUAAAGGGCCACACCAUAGUGGCGUUUGCCCAAGUGAUACUGCCUCACAGCAAAUCUUGGAGCUUGCGGCCGAGAAUGGCUGGCAGCGGUGCUAUGCUUGCCAUAGAGUGGUUGAGCUGGAAAUUGGAUGUAAUCACAUGAAGCAGAAUUCUGCUACGUUUGUGGCGAGCCUUGGAAGAAUUGCGGCUGCCCCCAAUGGCAAGAAGAGCGGCUGA